CUGUUAUACACUCUGAGUCAUUUUUCUGCAAAGUUUGUGAUUUAAUUUUUCUUUAGAGCUGAAUGGUGUUCUCCUUUGUCUUACCCCCAUUUACUGAAACCAGAUUUGGAACAUUUUCUUGACUCGUCAAUGUUCUGUCACUAUUUCCUUUUUCUUGCUUGCAGUUCUUACCUGAUCUGACCACUUACCCCACACUUGUCUUUAUUUUCACUUGCAGCGCUGCAGCUCUGAGGGUCCAACUCUGCCAGGAUCAGAUCCAUGACGAUCACCCCUUCACUCUGCAUGGUGCUGGGGGAAGUGCCAGAACAGUAGAUUCUCAUACCCUGUCCUUUUCUGCUUUGGAUAGAUGACUUUAUAAUGUCAGAUGUGGAGGCUGGACCACCCAGGAGAGUCACUGUUCUCCUGUUCUGGCUUAAGAUGUUUCUGUCCCUUUCUGACCUCUCCCAGGCUAGAACUGAAUAUCUCAGUUCUCCAGAAGUGGUGAUUCCCUUAAAGAUGACCAGCAGGGUUCGAGGUGCAAAGAUUCCAGGACAGCUCUCCUACAGCCUGGUGUUCGGAGGCCAAAAAUAUGUUGUCCACAUGAGAGUCAAAAAGCUGUUGGUUUCCGCCCACUUCCCUGUGUUCACCUAUACAGAGGAACAUGCCCUCUUUGAGGAUUUCCUCUUCAUCCCUAGUGACUGUUACUAUCAUGGUUAUGUAGAGGGGUCCCCCAAGUCUCUAGCUGCUUUCAGCACUUGCAAUGGGGGCUUUCAGGGAGUGUUACAAAUAAAUGGCUUCAGUUAUGAAAUCAAGCCCGUUGUGCACUCCAGCACUUUUGAGCACCUAGUUUAUAGAUUAAACAACAACCAGACACAAUUUCCACCCAUGAGAUGUGGUUUAACAGAGAAGGGACUAGCAUACCAACACCUGGGACUUGACGUGACUGAGAAGUCAGCUGUGAGACAUAAUUCUGGUAGCUGGUGGACCCACACAUGGUUUCUGGAGCUGGCUGUUGUGAUAGACUAUGAUUUCUUCACUUACUUUCAAAGAAACUUGUCAAAAGUGCAAGAAUAUGUAUUUCUUAUUGUCAAUAUGGUGGAUUCUAUGUAUCAGCAGUUGAAUACUUAUGUGUCUUUGAUUGGCAUUGAGGUUUGGAAUCAAGGGAAUGCUUUCCCAUUGACAAGCAUAAGCCAGGUCUUAGAAGAUUUUGCUCAAUGGAAACGAAUCAAUCUUUCUCAGCUACAACAUGAUGCUGCCCAUCUUUUCAUUAAAAGCUCACUCAUACAAAUACUUGGUAUAGCCUAUGUUGCAGGGAUAUGUCGUCCUCCUUUGGACUGUGGAGUUGAAAAUUUCCGAGGAGACUCCUGGUCUCUCUUUGCUAAUACUGUGGCCCAUGAGUUAGGUCAUACUUUUGGUAUGCAGCAUGAUGAGGGAUUCUGUUCUUGUGGGGAAAGUGGUUGUGUCAUGAAUUCUUUCAGAGUACCAGCAGAGAGAUUCACCGAUUGCAGCGCUAAUGAUUUUAAGAAAACCACUUCAAGCCAAGGAUCUUGCCUGCAUAAUCCUCCAAAACCAGGGGAAAUCUUCCUGCUGAAGCGCUGUGGGAAUGGUGUAGUUGAUGGAAAAGAGGAGUGUGACUGUGGAUCUGUGCAACAGUGUGAACAGGACCCCUGUUGUUUGUCAAACUGCACACUGAAGCCUGGGGCUACAUGUGCUUUUGGACUUUGUUGCAAAGACUGCAAAUUCAGGCAAUCGGGGGAACUCUGUAGACAAAAGAUCAAUGAAUGUGACCUUCCAGAGUGGUGCAAUGGGACAUCCCACCAGUGCCCAGAGGAUGGAUAUGUUCAGGAUGGAGUCUCCUGUAGUGGCAGUGCCUACUGCUAUCAAAAGCAGUGUAAUAAUCAUGACCAACAAUGCAGGGAGAUUUUUGGCAAACAUGCAAGGAGUGCAUCUCAUAACUGUUACAAAGAAAUCAACUCACAGGGAAACCGGUUUGGCCACUGUGGUACAAAUGGUAUAGAAUACCUGAAAUGUAAUGUGUCCGAUGUAUUUUGUGGGAGAGUCCAGUGUGAAAAUGUGGAAGACAUUCCCCAUCUCCCAGAUCAUUCUGUUUUGCAGUAUAUUUACAUCAAUGGUUCCAUUUGCUGGAGUACAGACUAUCAUUUGGGGACGGGCACACCUGAUGUUGGAGAAGUGAAAGAUGGCACCAUCUGUGGAACAGGAAAGAUCUGCAUACACAAGAAGUGUGUCAGCCUGUCUGUCCUGUCACAAGCCUGCCUUCCUGAGACCUGUAAUUUGAAAGGGAUCUGCAAUAACAAACAUCACUGCCAUUGCAACUAUGGGUGGUCCCUGCCUUUCUGCCUGCACAGAGGCUAUGGAGGCAGUGUUGACAGUGGUCCAGCAGCUCCCAGAAUUACAGUUUUCUUACCAACAACUGUGAUUAUUCUGUCUAUUCUAACUUGUCUGUUGACUGCUGGACUUUAUGCAUAUCAUCGAAUACAUGCUGGUCCUAAGAAUCCUAAAGACUUGUUCUCCAGAUGAAGACACCAUCGCUAACUCAGUAUCAGUUUCUUGGUUUAUAAAUUUCACAUGUAUGAUCUGAGCACAUUUCUGACAGUUUAUAGAAAAAUGCAUAUAUCAAUAUCAGAAACAUUGUCAUCAAGUACAGGCAAUGCUUCAUGAGUUCCUGGCUAUUGUUCAUUGUUUUCAUCAGCCAAUAAAGCUCCACAGGAAAUGAUAA